AUGAUAUGGCCCAAGCAAAAAACAAACUUGAAAGUGAAAGCUGUAGAAGUUGGCCAGACAGGCACCCCAAUGGCUGCUACAAUCUGUGUUAGACAAGGAAUACCUGGACCGACACCAGAAGAGGUUUUCAGAAUUUUGUAUGCUUUACCAGAAGAUGUAGAAGAUUCAGAUAUCGAUGCUGACUCUGAUGAUGAUUCUGAAUCACCAAAUACCUCUCAGAUUUUGGACGAAAAUAGUGAUAACGUUAUUGUUUCAAAUGAAGACAACUGUUUCAAUCUGACAAUAGACACUAGUGAAAUUGGGAACAUGUCUCCUUGUCAAGCAAGUGUAUCCGAUUCAACCCCAGAAACAGCUGCUGCAACAUUUUCUUCUAGUGAAAAAAUGUGGAAUGAGAAUAUUUACUAUUUUGAAAAUCGUCCACUGAAAUUAGAAGAAACCGCAGAAAAUAUUGCAAAUUUCUCAAAGUCUGAUAAAGAAAUAAAAUAUUUCGAGUCUAUAUUUACAGAAGAGCUGUUGCUUCAUAUUUGCAAUCAGACGAACUUAUAUGCAAGGCAGGAAAGGUGUGUUGUGAAGGCAGGGAAGAAAACAACCAAAGUAUCUUCCAACUGGCAGGACAUUACUGUUCCUGAGCUAAAAGCUUUUUUGGGAAUGCUUAUUUUGAUGGGUGUUCAUCAGCUUCCACAACUCGGAAAUUAUUGGAGCAGUGAUCCUAUUCUUGGAGUAACUGCUAUCUCAUUGGUCAUGGCAAAGCUUCGAGACAAAAAAAUUGUUGAGAACCUGCAUUGCAAUGACAACAGCACGCGUGUCAAAAAAGAGAAGCCGGGUUAUGACAAGUUACACAAAAUUCGACCUGUCAUCAGAGUAAUAUCAAAUAAGCUUUGUAAAGUCUACGAACCAUCUUCUGUUUUAGCAGUAGACGAAUGUAUGGUGGCCUUCAAAGGACGGUCAACACUCAAACAAUAUAUGCCAAUGAAACCAGUGAAGCGUGGAUAUAAAGUGUGGUGCUUAGCUGAUGCUAGUCCUCGGUUCAUCAUAAAUUUCGACAUCUACAUUGGAAAAAGAGAUACAAAUGAUACAUCCGAAUUUACUUUGGGUGAAGAAGUUGUGCUUACUCUAACAAAGGCAAUGGAUGACAGCAAAAGGCUGGUAGCUUUUGACAAUUAUUUUACAACAGUAUGA